AUUUUGGAGUUUCCAGACAAAAUGGAGAGACUUAGUGCUUACUGAGCUCAUGGAGAAUGUAAACAAACAGGGUGGGGCACGGUGACGGUAUUAGAAAGUCAGGUGGGGGGAGCCGUAUAGUGAGUUUUGGUCAUAAUUUGAAAUGUCCGUAUUAGCGGAACGCCGUAAAGCGGAACGCCGUAAAGCGGAACGCCGUAAAGCGGGGCCCUCCUGUACUUGCAAGCACUAAAAUAAAUGGAAUAUUAUGAAAUAUUUCGCUGGAGCACGUGAGGGGACCUUCGCUCACUGGUAAACAAUGCCAGACUGGCUGCCUCCCUGGCUCACGCCGUGCAUACACGUCCCAGACGAACUACGACUCGCGAGUCAACCUAUGAAAAGCAAGUCCAUGUUUAACGAAAAUACCCCUAUGAUUGGAGAAUUUUACGAUUGCCGGGAACUACGAAAAGCGGGGGACCACUGUAGUAUUUUAAGAUAGAACAUAAUUAUGACUUAGUAAAAGAAUUUAAUUCAUGGGGAAGAAGGAUUUAGAUGUUUAGUGAAAAUCUAGAGCAAAAUUACUUUAUUGAGGGAAGAUUAUAUUAAGAGAACCUAUUUAUAUUUUCGUGUAAUAAAUAAAGAAAUGCAGUACUGAGUGAUGAAUAAUAAUUAUAAUCAAAGUUCACAUUUUAUGCAGUGGCUCUAAGCACUAUACUUAUUUGGAACAUUUCUACAAUAAAACUAUUUCAUAGAGGAUUAAAGGAUUGCAUAAAGUAUUGUAAUGCAUGAAAAAAAAUAAUUGUGUGUUUGAUACAGUAGGCCUAUUUACUAAUCAUUGACAUGACAGGUGAUGGUAAUUGUGGACAGACUGUCAAUAUAGAUUUCUAAAUGCAAGCAAGGUGUUGUCAAGGGUAAACAUGAAUUCAUAGUAAAAUGACCAUUAGACAAGUACUAUAUUGUUGAAUGGCAAGACUUGCUGACAUAUAAGGUAAAAAGACACUGUGCAUAGCAAACCAUAAUUUCGCAUCUGUAAAUAAAGGUUUGAUCUGCAUAUAUAUCCUUUUACUAAGCACUAUACUGUUAUGGUCCUGUUACUAAUGUCAGACAAGGAAUGUCAUACAAGGGACACAUACAGUGAUGCCUGUGGUGCUGGUAGUAAUGGACAGUAAGGGACACAGAACAUACAAAGAGACAAAAACAAUGGUGCUGGCGGUACUGGUGGUGCGGUGAUGGGUCUUUAAGAAAGCAUUCGCUCUAAUGAGUGAAGAAAUUAUGCUUGGGUGUUGUACAGGUAAGAACAAAUUUUUCAUGAUUGGUGCAUAUACUGGAGUUUUUUUUAAAUGCAUAUAUUAUAUAUUCAUUAUCCUUGAAAAUAUUCAAGUUAGCAAAUUUUAAUUUACUGAACAUACGUAUUUUAGUAAUAUAUUUAUCCAUAAUCGGAUGAGUUCCUGUAACUAUAUGAACAGAUUUCAAGAAAUGAUUGUUGCAGUGGCACAUUUUGAAUGAAUUGGUAUUUAUUCUUUUUCCUGGCAGCAUCUGAGUCAGUACAAGAGAAGUCUGUGACAGGACUGAGCAGCAGCAGUAGCAGCAGUGAUGGAUCUGACCCAGCCAUUCGGUUCCUGGCAACCAACAAGAUAUGGAUCAUCAUUGGGGUGGUUGUAGCACUGGUGCUGAUUGCUCUCAUGCAGGCUAUUGUCAUGAUCGUCAGGAGUAGGAAGAACAAAACUCCUCCUGUUAGCACUAAGGAGCGUUUAAUCACCAACUCAGGCUGGAAGGACUAUAGCCAAGGCAACAUGAAUUAUGCCUAUGAGAGUUUUGAGACUGAGGAAAAUGGAGUGAAUUCUCGUCGUCAGGGAAGCAAUGGCUCUGCAAGGCCUAGUGUUCCUCGUGGCUCAUAUGGUAAAUCUAAUGGCCAGAGUAAUGGAUAUCAUGGAGGAACAAAUGGUCAUCCAGGACAUCUUGGCCAGCACCCAGGAGGAUAUGGUGGGGAUACACGAUCACUUCAAAGACCACGCAAUGUCCCUCAAACACGUCCUGACCCCACUGGAACUUAAUCACUUCCACGAGGCUCAA